GUGACUCUUCUUGGCUUGUCAGCUGGACACCAACACAGAGUGUACGUGACAUCAGAGAAUGACGUCAGCGAGAUUGCUCGGAGGUCAGAUCCAAAUGGACUCGCCGGCUCGACGGCAGUCAUCGAGAUGCAUCUGCCCGAUCCACGUAAGCCCAAAGGCUACAAAUUGGGCGUAUCUGUCCAGGCUUGCAUUAUUCCGUUGCUUAUGAUUUAG